UCCAUUUCAGCCCCCCUCCACGCCAUGGAUCUCGAAUCUUUUCAAAACGCGAUGGAGAGAGCUACCGACCAGCGUCAUCGUGAAUAAGAUAGCUGUAUGGCGAUCUAAGCACCGGGGAGACACGAGCGUUGAUUUGGCGGAGCUCGUCGAGUUCAUACGAGCCAACUCGCCCGUCGAGAAACCUUGCCAUGCUCUUCAGGCUGGGGUAAAUUCCAUCAGGCUAUGUUUUCCUGGCCUUUCAACGAUGGCGAGUGUCCCUGAACCUGAGGUUCCUCCUCCUCACCUGAGCGCGGUCUUUGCAUUCCCUGUGUCGCAGUCGAUAUCAAGCAACGAGCUUGAAAAUUUUGUCGUCUGGAUGCGCGGUCUCCCUCGAAAUAUCGGACUGAGUCUUGAGAAUGUCUAUGAGACACAAUCCAUGUGCUUCAUUUUCAGAUCCGGGUAUGCGUUCCCCUCGAAUCUUGCUGGUAUUCCAGGCGUUUCGCUUCUUUGCGAAACAAAACUCCCCAAUCUUGUCUCCCUAGUUACCAGUACCGCUCCUCCCCAAGCCACUGGAUCCAUUGGACCUCACCUCCCUUUCUCCAGGGGUUCUCUUCCUCCCCCCAAGCGCUGAAUAUGAUUCUGGGGUGAGUGCAACCCUCGCAGUCGAAUUGCCCUGUCUGCAGAGGGGCUCGGAAGGAGUGUCAACUGCAUCAUAUAUAGUGACCAACUCAUUGAAAUGAACAAUUAAGUCCUCCUAUUCGUAGCCAGACGUUGCAAUCAGCGAGGUA